ACGACGUCUGCUCGCCUCACUUCCUGGUUGACUGUGUGAAUUUGUCCAAACAUGACCGCGUGUGCUGUGUACAGGUAGAAUAGAUAAAAGGUAUACCUUUUUUUUGUACCUCAUGGCUUCUGUCAGUGACCUGCAAGCUCGACGAGUUGAAAAUAAUAAUACACGCACUCUGUUAAACUCAGAAGGCGUUUAUGAAGCAGCAGAAGAUAAUUCAUCCCAGAUCAUUCUGGAGAACCCCGAUCCUGAUAUCGUUAAAACAAUCUCACAUUAUUUCGAUGCUGCUCUCAGUGGGCAGAACUAUGUGUUAUCCCAUCCCGUCACAGACCAUGGCGCUGAGUCUUCAGCAGACAGGGAUUCAGGGGACAGCCUGUUCAUAACUCAAGUGCCAGUGUCUGAGGUGGUGAGGUCUGUGAGAAGAUGCCACUCAAAGGAGAGGUCAGAGUUCACAUGUACCAUAGAAUCAGAGGAGGAGAGUGGGGACAAAGAUGGACCUGCCACUCCCCAAAGGAAGCAGCAGGUCUCACAGGCAAUGAAACAUCACAAGAGGAAAGCAGAGAGGCAUGGCCUGAAAAAGUACUCCUUUCCCUUUCUGGGGAGCAUUUACAGAAGUAAACCCCUAUCUAGUCGAGAGUGGGCUUACAAGAAAACACACCUACCACUAUUAAAGAGUGUGACCUUCUCGAGUAAGGCAAUUGGAGGCUUUUUUAGAUGUGUCAAAACACUGCAGAAGUUCUCUAAAGGAAAAGCGACUUUAGCUUCAGCUUUACCAAACAGAUAUCUGGAUAAGGAAGGUGAACUGUCUCCACUGUCAGAACAGGAGGUGGAAUCUGAAGGUAGUGAUGAUGACAUCAGAGUGGUGGAAAAUACACUUUUAAUGCCAUUCCUGAAAAAGAAAAAUAGUCAAACUUGGUGUUAUCCAUCAUCUGAAGCUGAAAAGCAAUGCAGAAACUUUUCAUCUGUAAGCAAAGACUCCACCGCCAAGACAAAGAAACAGAGCACAAAGAAAACACAACACCUCCCUCAUGUUAAACAAACUCUUUCCUUGGUUUCCAAAAUGAUUAAAGACACACCAUCAAAGCAGAGUUUUGCUGGGUCACGGCGAAUCGUACCUGAGAAAUGUAACAUGGCAGAAGAAGAGACUAACCCAGAGUCAGUCAGUUGCGUUAGGAGAUGUUCAUCUGGUAGGGGUUUAGUCCGCAAUAAAACCGAAGAACCUGGUAUACAUUUAGCUGACAAUACAGACGGACCGGAAGAGAACGACAACAUGGACAUUUCAUUGACAGAAUGGAAGACAAUGCUGAAUAUCGGAUUUGUCAGUGAGGAAGUAGAGGGGAGUGGAAUAGACCAGGCAGUGGACAUAACGAGUUCACCUAUUAAUGAAGUGCAGGAAAGUGAAGGAAGCUGUUUGGAGAGGACCCAAGGCAGAGCCAUGACCCCCAGUGUGACUGGGCAGCGCCCUGAUCGUGACCAUCUGAACCAGACAAGAGAAACAGAGGCUGAUCCUGGAAUUAAAGGUCACAACCCCCCUUCAACAGAUCCAGCGCUCACAAAUUACUGUACAAAUGUUGAUGCUGGGGGAGACUAUGAACAGAAGGGAAAGAAGAGGAAGAAAAAGAACAGGAAAAGAGAGGGAGGAGAUGAUGAAAGUAUUGAGGACCGAGUUGGGCAGCCUCCAUGCCAAGAAGCUCCAGAUUAUCAGGAACUAGUCACCUGUGUGAGUACAAGCACCAUACAGGGAGGAGAGGCUACUGAGAUAACCCAGGAUAACAAGGCAGAGCAUUCUGUGUCCGUGUCUGGUGAAAUGAUUAUGCCACAGAAAAAGAAGAGAAAAAAGGAGAGGAGGGGUUCACCAUGCCAUGUUGAUACAGAUAUAUGCCUAAGACAGGAAGAGAACCCCAAGCUAUCAUCCCAUGCUGGAGGUGGUACUAUAGUUCAGACCGAAGACAUAGAACUGAAGAAAAUGAAGAAAAAGUAUAAGAAUUCCACAGCACAUGCCAUCCUGGAGGAAGGACCAGAAAAAGGACAUUUUCUGAAUUUGAGUUUGGAAACACAGUUAGAUGAGGAAAUAGGACCCCAAAAGGGAACAAACAUUUCAACCCUCCCUGAAGAUAAUGUCAUAAACCUACAUGUAAAUGCUACUGAUAUAAGACCGAAAACAAUUGAGUGCUCUAUAGUCCAACUUACUAAAUUGGUAGCCCAGAGAAAGAAGCAUAAAACCAUGGCACCAAUAGACAAUUCUUUGGCACAGAGUGACGGCACAAUUUAUUUUAGGAAAAAGAAAAAGGCAAAGAAAGAUGGGGAUUCCUGCAGCAAUGAAAUGGUGGGAAAUUAUACUGAAAUUGCUCUGACUACAAGUACUUCAUCUCAAUCUGGUGAAAUCGAUACACUAGAGAAGAAAAACCGCAAACGAGAUAAGAAACAGAAUUCUGACAUUCAUGAAAAUUCUUUGGCCAGACCCAAAGAGAAUGUUGUGACCCAUGAGAGGUCUGACGACAAGGUUACGGAGAAGAAGCGGAAGAAGAGGAGGAAAUCUUCAACUGAAGAUGGCGCCGUUGUUCAACAACAAGAGGAUAAUAUUCAAAAAUUCCAUAUCUCCCUCAAGAGUUCUGUGUCUGAAUCCAUUGACACUGUGCCACCAAGAAAAAAGGGGAAGAAAGAUGGGGAUGUAGUAACUCCUUUGAGCACAGAGGAGAGAUGUCAAAAGGACAGCAUACCACCUGAAACAGAUGAGAUCACUAGCCCAAGAAAGAAUAAGAAAAAGCGAGAUGAGUCUAAAGACACUUGUUCUGUCAUACACCAGGAUACAGCAGCUCCACUGAAAAAAGAGAGUAUUGGCAUAUCUUUGGAGGGGUGUGAGAGUUCUGCUUUGACUCCAGAUGACACAGUUUCUCAGAGAAAAACUAAGAAAAAUAAGAAUUCCCUCACCAAACAUGAUCCUGAGGGAAGACUGAAAAAUGAUGCAACUAAAAUAUCUCAGAGGAUGAACGCAACUGUAAAAAAUUCUGCUGAAGUGAGACUUGAAGCUGAAAGUGCCUUUAUAUCCUCAGAGAGAAAGAGGAAAAAGACAAAGAGGAGGAAAUUCACUGAUUACGAAGUACCAGCGGUAGGACAUCAAGAUAAUGAUAACACUGCAAUACUAAUUGAAACGACCCAGAGUUCUAUGACCCAAUACAAAGAAACAGUGUCGAAGAAGAAGAAGAAGAAGAAAAUAAAUGAUAACACUGCAAUGCUAAUUGAAACGACCCAGAGUUCUAUGACCGAAUACAAAGAAACAGAGUCGAAGAAGAAGAAAAUAAAUGAUAACACUGCAAUGCUAAUUGAAACGACCCAGAGUUCUAUGACCCAAUACAAAGAAACGGUGUCGAAGAAGAAAAUAAAUGAUAACACUGCAAUGCUAAUUGAAACGACCCAGAGUUCUAUGACCCAAUACACAGAAACAGAGUCACAGAAGAAGAAGAAGAAGAAAAUAAAUAGAAAAACGAACAAGGAAUCAGUUGCCCCGAAGCGCACAGAUGGAAGACAGACCGGGGAGAUGUCAGAGGCAACGUCAUGCUGUCUGCCUUUACCACAGAUUAAUCCUGAUCCUGUAUCAAUCUCCCAUGAAUUUGUUUCAUCAGCAGAGAAGAAAAAUAAGAAAAAUAAGCAUGGAAAAGACAAGAGGAUGAUGUAUGUAUGAUGCAUAUCAGGAUUACCUCGCAACCGAACACAUUGACACAGAGGUGAUGUCAUGAAGCAUGCCAUCUGAAUAAAACAACCCAUAGCUUGGAGAGGAUUUUUGAUGGGUGGCCUUUGGUUAUAAGUGAACAGAUUUUUAAAUGAGUAGAUUCAUUGUACACCACCCCUAUGAUGGUUGUUCUUCCACUCUUUAGAGACACUUGUAUGUGCAUUCAGAUGAUCAAUUAACAUAUUCAGAUGAUAAAUGUGCAUGCAUAGGCUAGUCAGAUAAACUGAACGUUUUCAGUGUUAAGUUACCACUAAAUGGUGUUUUGUAAAGAAUAUUUUUAAUCCUACCCUGUCACCUAGUGGACAACUUAAGACAAAACACUGGUUUUACUCAAACUGGUUUUAUUGCAGUGUUAGUGACAUGUUUAUAACUUGGAUUCUACUGUCAUGAUGUUUCAUUAGUUCUCCGUAUAAUGUAUGCCAGUGACGCAUGAGAAAGUGGUUGUGUACAUUUGAUAAGAUUUGUUUCUUGUUCAGUUUUGAAAUAGAUUACAUUUCUAAUGUAAUUCCAUUCAGUAAGGGACAUUGAUGCAAUAUCCUUUGUGCAGUGCAUCAUAUGAAGGCCUAGUCUAAACAUUGUCUCCACAACCAUUAUAGCUAUAGUAAUACUUUUUAUAUUGGCUCCAUAUAAGUGUAGUUGUAAGUAUGACUGUCUAUUGAAAGAUACACAAUAAAUGUACAGUUUAUCAAUG